UAUCUAUAAAAUACUUUGCCUUUUCUCCCUCUUCUUCCUCUUAAAAAGAAAGAAGAAACUACACAAAUGCCUAUUACAAGCAAAGAAACAACAACAAUGAAUGCAGCAACAACAACAACACUAAUGGAAGAAGAAACAAACAAAGACUUCCCUUUUAUCAUGUCUUCCUCUACUUAUCCUAUCACCCUUAAGUUCAUGGACAUAAGUUAUAGGAUAAAACUUGAGAAUAAAUCAACAAGUGGUGGAAGCAACAACUUAAUAAAGAUGUUUUCAACUAGCCCUGGGCCCACAUCAUCUGAUAUAGAGAAUCAAACGGCUGUAAUUCAUCAAGAACGUACAAUCUUGAACGGAAUUACCGGCAUGGUUUCACCAGGUGAAAUCCUAGCCGUUCUUGGACCAUCAGGUAGUGGUAAAUCAACGCUCCUAAAUGCACUUGCAGGAAGACUCCAAGGACACACCUACACCGGAACAAUCCUCGCGAAUAACCGGAAACUUACCAAACAAGUCUUAAAACGAACCGGGUUCGUUACACAAGACGACGUCCUUUACCCACACUUAACGGUUCGAGAAACUUUAAUCUUCUGUGCACUCCUCCGUUUACCCAACUCCCUGAACCGGAACGAAAAAAUAGCCGUCACUGACUCGGUAAUCACCGAGUUAGGACUCAAUAAAUGUGAAGAUACAAUCAUUGGAAACAGCUUUAUUCGUGGAGUUUCAGGCGGUGAAAGAAAGCGAGUCAGUAUAGCUCAUGAAAUGUUAAUAAACCCGAGUUUACUAAUACUGGAUGAACCGACGUCCGGUUUAGACGCUACAGCGGCUUACCGGUUGGUGUCGACACUGGGGUCAUUAGCGAAAAAGGGGAAAACGAUAAUUACGUCGGUUCACCAACCGUCGAGCCGGGUUUUUCAAAUGUUUAACUCGGUUUUGGUUUUGUCGGAAGGGAGGUGUUUGUAUUUUGGAAAAGGAAAUGAAGCUAUGAGUUAUUUUGAGUCGGUUGGGUUUUCUCCAUCUUUUCCCAUGAAUCCAGCUGAUUUCCUCCUUGAUCUCGCUAAUGGGGUUUGCCAGUUUGAUGGAGUAAGUGAGAAAGAUAAGCCUAAUGUAAAACAAACUUUGAUAUCCACUUACAACAAUGUGUUAGCUCCAAAGGUGAAAGCAGCUUGUUUGGAAACAACCAACAUAGUUCCUAAAGAAAUCAUGAACAAGGGAACCUAUACUUGUUCUAGUUCUAAAAGAAGUUGCACAAGUUGCAUUUCCAAUUGGUUCAAUCAAUUUAGCAUUCUCCUUCAAAGAGGGCUAAAGGAAAGACGACACGAGACGUUCAAUUAUUUGAGAGUCUGCUUGGCAGUCAAUUGGAGGAAGAGUUGUAUAUAUCCCAUCAAAGAGGUGACACAGAUCCAGGCCUCAGCAAACAUUUUGGGGUGCAGAAUUGAAAAACUCCCAACUGUUUACCUAGGUAUGCCACUUGGAAACAACCAUAAAGAGCUAGUGAUAUGGGAUGGUAUAAUUGAAAAAACUGAGAAGAAGCUGGCAAACUGGAAAUCUCAAUAUCUAUCCUCCGGUGGGAGAACCAUUCUGAUAAACUCUGUACUAGACUCUUUACCUACUUAUGUGAUGUCCCUAUUCCCUAUGCCGGCCAAAGUGGAAGAAAGACUUGAUAAAUUAAGGAGGGAUUUUCUUUGGUCGGGAAUCAAGGAAGGUAAAAGAAUACAUCUUGUCAAAUGGCAAACUGCUUUGCUGAGUAGAAGCUCAGGGGGGUUAGGGAUCAGAAACUUGGGGCUACAAAACAAAUGCUUGUUGGCAAAAUGGUUGUGGAGGUUCGGAAGAGAGGAUCAAGCACUUUGGAAGGAAGUUAUUAGUAACAAGUACGGCCAGAAUAGCCCAUGGGUUUCCGAUAUGGUGAAUAUCCCGUAUGUUGUCUCGGUGUGGAGAACUAUCAGAAAUUUAUGGGGUCAACUACAACACAAUAUUAGAUACAAAGUGGGGAAUGGGACUAGGGUUCUUUUCUGGAAAGAUCGCUGGAUUGGUCAGGACUCCUUGAUGUCUUCCUAUCCAGAUAUAUAUAUCCUCAGCUCGUCUCAAGAUGCAAUGGUAAAUGAGGUAUGGUCUGAACAAGGGUGGAAUUUCAGCUUCAGAAGGUUACUAAAUGACUGGGAGAUAGGGAGAGUAGCCGAGAUGCUACAAACACUAGAUGAUUUCAAGUGCACAAAUCUGGAAGUUGAUGUAAUGAUUUGGAAACACAAUCAUGAUGGUAUGUUGUCAGUCAGCAGAUUGUACAAUAGGAAAGUAAAGGAACUUCCAGGGAAAUCUCUGGACCAUGGUGUAAGGUAUGGAAAAAUAAAGUGCCAACUAAAGUGA